AUGAAGGCCAUCGCAUUUCUUUUGAGCUUUGCCGCUUCGGUGGCUGCUCAUGGAUACGUCGAUAAUGGAACUAUCGGGGGAACCUACUAUCAGUUUUACCAACCCUACACUGAUCCAUACUCUUCACCAUCGCCUCAAAGGAUCUCGCGUGCUAUUCAAGGCAACGGCCCUGUGACCGAUGUCACUUACGCUGAUCUCCAGUGCGGCGGGUACACAGAUGGCGGCAUCGUCGGAAGCCAGCCUGCUCCGCUCCACGCGACGGCCGCUGCGGGCUCGACGUCCACGCUCUACUGGACGCUAUGGCCAGACUCGCACGUAGGACCCGUGGUCACGUACAUGGCACGCUGCCCCGAUGCUGGGUGCCAGAGUUAUCAACCCGGCACAAGCGCCGUCUGGUUCAAGAUUGCUCAGGGAGGCCGCACUGGAACCUCAAACACGUGGGCCGAUUCUUCCCUGAUGGUUGCUGGCAAUGCCGGAGUCAAGUACACCAUCCCCUCCUGCCUUAAGGCAGGCUACUACCUCGUGCGCCACGAGAUCAUCGCCUUGCACUCGGCAUAUGCUUAUCCCGGUGCGCAAUUCUACCCUGGAUGCCAUCAGCUCAAGGUCACCGGCGGCGGCUCGACCACCCCGAGCAACCUCGUUGCCUUCCCCGGUGCCUACAAGGGCAGUGAUGCGGGCAUCACAUACGACUCUUACAAGGCGACAACAUACACGGUCCCUGGUCCAGCUAUUUUCACUUGUUAG